GUACUACGUAAAAGCAACUUGCUCAAGAUUAGUUACGCUAUUUCCUGUGCCUGCUCUAUUAUUAGGUUCUGUAGCGCGGCUGUCGAUUGGUGGUAAUAACGCGUUGGGUGUCUCUUCGCCAAGCUAAUAUUAGCUGCUAACGUAUUUGGACUAUAAAACGUCUUUGUCCGAAGGGAACAUUUCUUGCGGUGUUAGCGAGACACUAGCCCAAUUGGGCUAAUUUGCUAGCAAUUGAUAGCAUCUCGUGAAGCUAACAGGAUGUCUCAGAGGAGAACUCUCAAACUUAUUUGUGGUCUCGCCGGAGGUUCUGCCGCCCUUUUACUGGCGGCUGCCACUGCCGACUCUCGUGGCUAUUUCGGAGAGAGAAGAACCGAGGCAGGCAGUCGCUGGUCCAAACUGUCCGUGCUUCAAGCUGCGCAGCCGGCGUGGGCAGCAACGAGCAUCACGCCAGUCCCCACUGGCCACGCGUGGGACGUCAACUGGGACAAGAGAGACCCUUCUACACUGUCCAAUGGCAAGAAGAAAGGCAGUACGACCGAAGAUCCCAGAUCAGAGCAGGACAAUGGCAAACCCAAAGCUACACGCAACAUCCUCCUCAUCCGACAUUCGCAGUAUAACCUCAGCGGGAGCAGCGACAAAGAGCACAUUCUCACUCCCUUGGGUCGAGAGCAGGCCGAGUUGACAGGUCAUCGUCUGUCAUCAUUGGGAUUGAAAUACGAUGUUCUGAUCCACUCCAGCAUGACUAGAGCCACAGAGACGGCGCACAUCAUCAGCAAGCACCUUCCAGGCGUGGAGUUGCUCAGCUGCGACUUGCUUCAAGAGGGCGCCCCCAUCGAGCCGGUUCCGCCCGUCACUCACUGGAAACCUGACGCUGUGCAGUACCACGAAGACGGCGCGCGUAUCGAGGCAGCCUUCCGCCGCUACAUCCACCGGGCAGACCCAAAGCAGAAGGAGGACAGCUACGAGAUCAUCGUGUGUCAUGCCAAUGUCAUCCGCUAUUUUGUCUGCAGGGCCCUGCAGUUCCCACCUGAGGGCUGGUUACGCAUGGGUUUGCACAACGGCAGCAUCACAUGGCUCACCAUUCGCCCAAGUGGCCGGGUGGCCCUCCGAACUCUCGGAGAUGCAGGAUUCAUGCCCCCGGACAAACUUACACGAACCUGAUGAGCCAACGCGGUGCACUUCAGGGAUUGGAGUUGGGAUGACGGGCUGCUUACAGUUUUAAAAAAAAGCUCAGUUUUCUCCUUAAGUGUCUUUCCUCUGAUGUCCAAAUGUUUGUUGUUAAACGGGCGCUGUUGUAUGUUUUUGAGGUGGGUGGUAGUAACGCCAGCAGAAUGUUAUUCAUGUUUUUUUAUACAAGAGCAGUUCCACGCCAAAACAUUUGCUGUGAGCAUUGGAAACGAAUAGGGUCAUUUUAUUGUCACUGUAAGCAGGGCAAACAAUAGUUCACAGUGCAACCCUCUUGAUGUUUAAAAAGACACAAGGAGCUAAAUUUAUAAGUAUUCAAUUUAAAUGUAUUUCGAAGCUCAAACACAACCGUACAAUUUGUACAGUAUACCAAAGUUUGAGCAGUCUUGUUUUGUAAUGUUAGGUAUGUCAUACGAGCCGCCAAAGUGGACCUUGGUAGACAAGGCUGACGUGUUGUAUACUUAAUUGUACUGUUUCGAGGUGUUAUGUUGGUGCACUUUUUUU